UGUCUGUGGAGCCGUGGACGCGCCGGCUUUGAGCAUCCCUGGCGGGCCAGGGGGAGGCCCUGGGGCUGCGGCUUCCGCGGCCGCGGCCCCGCCCGCCUUCGGCAUGGCCAGCUCCGGAGAGGACACAUCCAACGAUGACGACAUGCCCCCUGCAGCAGCCGCCAUGGCGGUGGGCGCCCACCUUCUCGGCUUCUCAGAUGAGAUCCUGCUGCACAUCCUGAGCCACGUCCCCAGCACAGACCUGGUUCUGAACGUCCGGCGCACCUGCCGGAAGCUCGCGGUGCUGUGCCUGGACAAGAGCCUCACCCACACCGUGCUGCUGCAGAAGGACUAUGAGGCGAGCGAGGACAAAGUGAAGCAGCUGGUGAAGGAGAUCGGCCGGGAGAUCCAGCAGCUCAACAUGGCCGGCUGCUACUGGUUGUCGGGUGCCACUGUCGAGCACGUGGCCCGCUGCCGCAGCCUGGUCAAGGUGAACCUCUCGGGCUGCCACCUGACCUCCCUGCGCCUCUCCAAGAUGCUCUCGGCCCUGCAGCACCUGCGCUCCUUGGCCAUCGACGUGAGCCCCGGCUUCGAUGCCGGCCAGCUGAGCGGCGAGUGCAAGGCCACGCUGAGCCGCGUGCGGGAGCUCAAGCAGACGCUGUACACGCCCUCCUAUGGCGUCGUGCCCUGCUGCACCAGCCUGGAGAAGCUGCUGCUCUACUUCGAGAUCCUGGACCGCACGCGCGAGGGCGCCAUCCUCUCGGGCCAGCUGAUGGUGGGCCAGAGCAACGUGCCCCACUACCAGAACCUGCGGGUCUUCUAUGCGCGCCUGGCCCCGGGCUACAUCAAUCAGGAGGUGGUACGGCUCUAUCUGGCCGUGCUCAGCGACCGCACGCCCGAGAACCUCCAUGCCUUCCUCAUCUCUGUGCCUGGCAGCUUCGCCGAGAGCGGGGCCACCAAGAACCUCCUGGAUUCCAUGGCCCGCAACGUCGCGCUGGACGCCCUGCAGCUGCCCAAGUCCUGGCUCAACGGCUCAUCCCUGCUCCAGCACAUGAAGUUCAACAACCCGUUUUACUUCAGCUUCAGCCGCUGCACGCUGUCCGGCGGCCACCUGAUCCAGCGGGUCAUCAACGGCGGGCAGGAGCUCCGCAGCCUGGCGAGCCUGAACCUCAGCGGCUGUGUCCACUGCCUGUCCCCGGACUCCCUGCUCCGCAAGGCGGAGGACGAUAUCGACAGCGGCAUCCUGGAGACGCUGGUGGCGUCCUGCCGUAACCUGCGCCACCUCAACCUCUCGGCCGCCCACCACCACAGCUCCGAGGGCCCGGGCCGCCACCUCUGCCAGCUGCUGGCCCGGCUGCGCCACCUGCGCUCCCUGUCCCUGCCCGUCUGCUCCGUGGCCGACUCGGCGCCGCGGGCCGACCGCGCGCCCGCCCAGCCCGCUAUGCACGCCGUGCCCCGCGGCUUCGGCAAGAAGGUGCGCAUCGGUGUGCAGUCCUGCCCCAACCCCUUCUCGGGGCAGGCGGGCCCUCAGCCUUCCUCCGUGUUCUGGUCUCUGCUGAAGGACGUGCCCUUUCUGGAGCGCCUCGAGCUGAUCGGGUCCAACUUCUCGUCCGCCAUGCCGCGCAAUGAGCCCGCCAUCCGCAACUCCCUCCCGCCCUGCAGCCGGGCGCAGAACGUCGGGGACUCAGAGGUGGCCGCCAUCGGGCAGCUGGCGUUCCUGAGGCACCUGACGCUGGCCCAGCUGCCCAGCAUCCUGACGGGCUCCGGGCUGGUCAGCAUCGGCCUGCAGUGCCAGCAGCUGCAGUCGCUCUCGCUGGCCAACCUGGGCAUGAUGGGGAAGGUGGUCUACAUGUCCGCCCUCUCGGACAUGCUGAAGCACUGCAAGCGGCUGAAAGACCUCAGGUUGGAGCAGCCGUACUUCAGUGCCAACGCCCAGUUCUUCCAGGCGCUGAGCCAGUGCUCCGCACUGCAGCGUCUCUGCCUGGUGUCGCGCAGCGGCACGCUCCAGCCCGAGGCCGUGCUGGCCUUCAUGGCACACUGCCUGCACGUCGUCGUGUGCCACAUGUUCACCGGGGAGUCCCUGGCCACCUGCAAGAGCCUGCAGCAGUCCCUGCUCCGAAGUUUCCAGGCCGAGCGGCCCGCGCUGAAUGUCGUCAUCUUCCCUCUGCUCCACGAGGGCCUGACCAAUGUCAUCCGGGACGUCCCCAUGGUGCACCUGGAUGAGAUCACCUUAUUUAAAAGCAGAGUGGCUGAGGAGCCCCCGAACCUGUGGUGGUGACAGGGACAGCUAGCGCCGGGCGAAGCUGCUUCUGCCGGCCGAGCCUCCCGCCGGCCACUGUCGCCUCUGUCAGUCUCCUGGGCCUGGAAGCACGACUGCCCUGAGGGGCGUGUGGCCCGGCUGCUGCUGCUCAUGCCUGCCCCUGCCGGACACUGGGGCCCCUUGGGUCCCAAGAGGAAGGACGCCCCCUCUGCCCGGCCAUCCCGCGCACCUGUCGUCUCCCAGGGCCCCCCGAAGCUUCCUGUUGCUUGCUCUUGGCGCUUGGUGAAACGCGAGUCCCAUCCAUGAGGAGGAUGAGAAGGAAGAGCCGGCUGUCCCUGCAGGGCCUGGCGUGGGUACUCCUGAGCUGAGACUUGCAUCUGUCACGGAGCGCUGACUCCCCGGGGGCCCUGACCAGGUCCCCAGAGCAGCACGGGGCCCCAGGGCUGCCCCCCCAUCGCCACUUCCACCCUCCAGAGUGUCUCAUGUGUUUGUGGCCACCUGCCGUCAGGCUCUGCGGAGGGGUGGCCUCGGGCCCGGGGUUGGAGGUGACCAUGUGUGUGGGGACGGAUGCGCUCACACCGUUACACGAUGGCACGGCUUCCCUCGGGCCAGCUGGGAGCACAGCGCAGUGGGGAGCUCCAGAUUUGGGGCUCUCCUUCCCAGUAACACACGUUUUAACCCAAUUAUGUCCAGCGUGUUUCCAGCCAGAUGGCGUCAGACAAGUUCGGGGCCUCCGGCUGGGCAGGGACCCCCGUGGCUCUGGGACUGCGGGGCGAGGCCUGGGGCAGGCCCGACGCCAGCACAACACUCAGCUUUAGGACCUCUUCUCCGUGAAGAUCUGUGUUUCUGGGGAAAUACAUACCUGGCUUCAUUCAAGAAACUUGAAAUAUUAAAACUUAGAAAGGACGUUUAAAGCCAGAGUAGUGAUCAAACUACCCCAUUUCAUAUAGCUUUAUUUAGCACUUUACAAAAUUCAGUGCAGCUAUUCCAAAAAUGGGGAGUGACCUCCCAGUGUCCAGGGCCUCCCUCCCUGUGCUGAGCCUGCUGCCUUCUCGACUGCAAGACUCCCCAGAGCUGGUGGCCCCUCGGCCGGUGGCUUCCGAGGGGCUGCGAUCGGGUUCCCUCCACCCCGGGUCCAGCCCUGACCGCUCCUGGUGAUGCUCCUGGAGGCUUGCCGGGGGUCCUGGGCACCGUUGGACGGCUUCCAGGCGGGGGCACAUCAGUCCUGCAGAGGCUGCCUCCCCGGGCCUCCCUCUCCCUCUGGGUUGGGGGUGCAGAGCCCACCAGGCCCUGCUCACGCUGCUGGUCCCCAUCUUGGCCGCCAUCUGCUUGGCCCCCAGCCUGGCCAUCUUCCCACUUUGUGUCUGUGGGGACAGUCCCCCCUCUCCCCAUUCCGUGUAGCGUGUCCUGCAGCUUACCUACUAAAAGAGCGGGUCCAUGGCCCCAGGGCUUUUCAUUUGCCUUUCCGUCCCUGGGUUCUUGAGGGACAGACAGUUCUGCAGCCCCCACCCCCGCUCAGCAGCGGGGCUGAGGGGGUCCGGGAGGCCAGAGAGCACAACUGCAGGAAUCAAGCAGUCCCGGGGUCAGGGCCCUGGGAGGAACAGUCUGCCCAUCCCAGGGGCUCUGCUCUGCCCUCCCCCUUCCUGUCUGAGUGGACGGGGGGAUGCACACGUGCCAUGGGAUGAGUCUUCUCCCUCCUCGCUCUGGGUUUCAUGCCCUCUCCCUGCCCCGGGCUGAGGCUGGCACUUCUUUGCAGCCCGGCCAGAGGGACUGGUCUGCAGGCUGCCCGUACGUGAAUGCCUACAGCCUUCACCUUAGAGGUCCCGAUGUGGUCUGAGGGCCCUGCCUGGCCUUGCAAGCCGAGGGACAGACUGCCCUGGGCCCCGGAGAGACAGGGCUGAGGUCCCGAUAGGGCCCCAUGGCUGUAGAUGAGGGUCUGAGAGUUGGUGGGCGCACUUUCCCUCCCCAAUUUUGGGGUAUUUCAGGUGGUGCCCAGAGGACCUCCCCCGCCAGGCAAAGGCGGUCAAGGAAGGGGGUGGUAAUGGGAACUGACCAUUUCUCCUCAAAGCAAGCGUGUGGCUGGUCGCAGCCUGACUGGCAGGGGGUGUGCCCUGGGGAGGAGGUGCCCAGGGCCCUGGGUGGCUCUGGGUGCCCUCUCCUCCAGAGCAGCCCGGGCUCAGGCUGGAGAAUGAGCUUUCCACUAGGCUGCAGUUGUGUGUUCACGCCCUCGCCUGGGUGGCCCGUUCUCACGAGCAAGCAGUUUUAACCAGCAGCAUUUAUGCCAACAAACAGGGCCGGGAGGGGCCGUUCACCCGAGGCUGGGGGCGGGAGCUGCCGUGGAGAGCCGCCCCCACACAGCAGACCAUGUAUUUUUAGCGUCCCCAUAACCAUCCUGCUACUAGAGCAAGAACUUCCGCCGAUUCUGCCCCCGGGCCGGGACUCACCAGAUGUUAGCAGUGUGCUUAUUCUCGCUGAGUGCUAAUUUGGCAGCGGCGUUAAUUGCAAUUUAUAUUCUGCAGCAUUUUAUGCUGGGAAAAGAACCCACCCUAAUGGUCCCCAACUGGCAGAACUGGGCUGUUAAGUGCGGACCAUAUGCUGCCUGCCGAGAGGGGGCCUGGUCAGCACUGCUGGCUGUGCGUGUGUGUGCGUGCGUGUGUGUACGUCUGCGUGCACACACAUGUGAGUGUAGUCUGCGCACACGUGCAUGGUGUGCGUGUGCGUGCAUGUGUGCAUGCGAGCACGUUUCUGCAUGGGAUUACGUGUGCGUGGGAUCGCGUGUGCGCGUGCGUGCGUGUACGUCUGCGUGCACACACGUGAGUGUAGUCUGUGCACACGUGCAUGGUGUGCGUGUGCGUGCACGUGUGCAUGCGAGCACGUUUCUGCAUGGGAUCGCGUGCUUGUGCGUUUCUGCGUGUGAUCGCGUGUGUGCGUGUGCGUGUAUGAGAGAGAGGAGAGACUGGGGGAGGUGGGAAAGACGAGGAGGGAGGGGAGGAGAGGUGAGGGCAUUUAACCCUUUGUUAAAGUAGAAGCCCCAGCACUCCCAAGGCAGCUCCUCCCGCCUGUGCCCACCUCGCCCCUAGACCUUGUGGCUCGCUCCCCACCCCCCACCCGCCCCCAGGUGGCCAGGCAUGCCUGCCCCCGGGGCUCUGACUUUGGUGCCAACACAACCUGGCCAGGGGAGGCAUCUGGAGCCUGAGGAGAGCAGAGGCCUGCAGCCUCCUUCCCUGUCGGUGGCUUUUCAUUCUCACGUACAAGUAUUUUUACUGCCCAGCCCAAGGAGGCUAGAUAAGGGACACUUCACUCUGUCAUACGCCCCGGGGGGCGGAUCUUCUCCCUGCCUGUCAGCUGUCCUCUGAGGACCCAAGGAUUCAUGGGUCUGGGCCCCUGUGUCCAGCACCAGGCUGGAGGGCGCUUGGCUGGGGCCCCGGACGGGCCCUGGGAUGAUGCCCCCCCCCCACACCUUGGGCAGCUCUGCAAGGCUGGGUGUUGAGGGUGAGCCUCCCUUGACCGCCCCUGCGCCAGGACCCACGGCUGCAGGCCACUUGGAGGCGAGGACGAGGCUUGGCGGAGGCCUGGCCGGGAGAGCGGGGCCAGGGGAGCAGGGCCGCAGGAGCCUCUGGACCCUGAUGUCUGUUAGCCCUCGAGGGUCUGAAACCUGUGCCAUCUGGCUUGUGCCAGUGGCCCUCCCCGAGUCUGUGUCAAGAAGGUGACGAUCCCGCAGCCCUCCCCCAGCUUGCAGGAAGGGGACCCACCCUCAUGACCUCCUCCAAGGGGCACGGGGGUAUCAGGCAGCCCCCUGCUCCCUCUGGCCCUCAUUGUCUGCUCUGGAGGGUUUGAGAAUUGCCGAGGCCUUGUAAGGAAGAAUAAUAAGUGAGAAAUUCGUGGACGAGGAUAAUGCAGCGUGGCCGGUGGUAGCAGGUUUCAGCGGAGACCCCAGAUUCCCGAAGCAGAUGUGGAAGGGGGCACCGCUGCCCGCAAUUCCCUCGGCCUUGGCCCUGGCCCUGAGCCUCCUCCCCCACACUUCGCCAGCAGGGGACGGGAUUGUGCGGCGGGGGCUCGGGUGCCCUUGUGGUGCUCCCUGGCCUCGUUUGCGCUGGGGGCACGGGGUUCUCACUGGGAGUCCCUAAGAUCGCUGACACAGGCUGGAUGCUGUCGCCUGAAUGUCUAAAUUACUUUCUAGAGCUUUUUCAGAAACCACGGUGGGGGGCGGGAGGGGGAGGUUGCAUUCAUGUCACGGGGUCGGGGCACCUGCCGCACCCUGCUCCGGACCAGCCGGCGGGGGAAUGGGGGGGGGGGACCCAGGGCUGCCUGUGGCCAUGAGGUCCGGGAGCCACGUUCACCGCCUGGGAGGUUCGGUCUGUAGCGCUCCGCUAAACCUGACGAGGAAUGGUUUUCCGUGGAAUCCUAACGGUGUGGGCCAGAGGCUUCUCUGUGUGCUCACCGUAGCGGGCAGGCUGGAGGGCGAGGGGCUGGAGAGGCAGCCACGCGACGGCCGUGGUGCAGGUGGGGUGUCCGGCCCCGGCCCCCCUCGACCACUGCCUGUCCGUAUGCGGCUGACCAGAAGCACUUGAGCUCAGCAUGUUUUUAAAGGGGGGGGUGGGGAGUCGGCCAGGGGGCUUACGGUAUACGGUGACCAGGUGCUAAGUGAUCAAAUACGUGUCACCUGCUUUUCCACACAGACCUACUUUUCUGUCUGGUGAUGCCUGCUCCUGAAUUUUGUGUUCAAAUGAAUUUUGAAUGGGUAUUUUCAUGUAAACUUGUGGCAUGUGGAAAGUUUCAAAUAA